UGCAUUGUGUUGUAGCUGCAGCGGUGGAUGUUGGUAGGAAAUGAAGGAAAAUAUUAUGUGGUUUAAAGCUUUCGUUAUUGCUUGCCAUGAGCAAUUAAAAUUUUUAUUAAUUUCUUAUCAUUCAGAUUUUUUUUCUUUUCCGUGUCGUGGUGGCAGAAGUUAAAACUGCAGAUACACGGAAACUGUGAAUUUCAUCGCCAUGUGAAAGGAUAUAUUUGAUUUAUGUGUUAUGCUUUAUAGUGACUAAAAUCAGUGAUAUAAUAGUGUUAGAAAUUUAUAUAGGCACGAAAAGUUAGAAAUUUUCACAGAAUGCUUUGUGGGUGAAAGGAAUUAGGCACCAUAUAAGUGUUUCAGUUGAUACAGGAUGUACCAAUUAGUUGAAACAAAGUGAUAUAGUGACUGAUUCCCAUGUUCAUGUCACUUUUCUUACAAAUAUAUGCAUUUAUUGUCAAUGAAAUAUUAUCUUUUACGUGCUGAUGUUAAGAAAUGCCUGUUCACUUUUCGUUUCAUUGUUAAUUAUUUUUCUGACUGAAUUCAACAUUUAAAUUUGAACUAAUAAGAUUAUGUUAUGUAAUAGCAAGAACCUUUUGGAGCAUCAUGGUUUCAUCUUACUUAUUAUAUCAUCAGCAAAUUUUUUUUAACAAAUAUCAGUUCUACUGCAGGUAAACAAGAGUAAACGGAAAUCUCUGGAUUAAUAGGGGCAAUUAAUUGCUUCGACAUGUCAUCUGCCAGGAUACGUGCAGAUGCAAAUAUAAAGCAAGGAAGUAGGAUUGUCCAUCCAAUUUACGCAAGAUAUGCCAUAAAGGAUGGGGCACAUGAGGAAGAAUUCCCUAAAGAGCCGACAAAAACAUCCCGGAAUAUCAAUUCAGUUACUUUACCUGUUAGCACCCGUUUAAGUAACAGAUUGAGAAAUUUGGAUCAAAUUCAAGCAGUGCCAACUAGUUCCGAAGUAUGUGGGUACUACAGACAAAAGCUGUCUACAGAGAUACUGGAAGACCUCCCCGAAUCCAGAAUGGAUUCUGCAUGCGCAAUGAGAGAAGGAAUGGAAUUGAAAACGAUGGCCAUUUCAACUUACAACUCAAGUGAACAAUUAUCCCCAACGAUUACAAAAGAUAACCUAACAGAGAAGAACAAGAAAUCCUCCAUUGAGCAGAAACGAUUCUACCAGAGAAAACUCUCAGGAUUCACAGCAAUCAAAUUUCUUCCAGUUGGACGACUGUUCAAAUUUCUUAAGCCUCCUCUCCAAAGAAGGAAUUCUUGUCCGGUACUUAGCAUUUCAGAAGCAAAAACUGAAUUUACUUUGCCCAAUAAACCAAACCUUGGAAAAGAAUCAGAUAUCAGCAGUUCCAAAGUAGACACAAAAGAUAUUAAAAGAGAAAAUAACAAAAGUUGUAGGCUCACGAAAUGGACAUCACAUGGUGAACUUCCACGACUGGAAGGAAAGCCUAAUAAUAUUGCGGAAAAAGUAGGACAUGCAAACAAAGCUGCAGGAUCAUCGUUCCAUACUGAUGGCAGUAAUGAAAUUUCUAAUAAAGACUUACCACUUUUAAUUCACGAUUUAUCUCACCAGUUAUCACAAAAUGUUGAAUGUAAAGCAACAGAGGACAGUUCAAUACAAACAUCUGAAAAUAGCAGCCAAAAAAUAUUUUCUGAUAAGGUAAUAGGAAAUAAAAAGACAGAGUCGACGGUCGUAGAAAAAACAGUAAUAAUUGUUUCUGAAAGUGAAAGUUCAAGUGAAAUAAAUAAUCCUUUCCGUGAAACAAAAAAUACGUCAGGAAACGUUGAUGUGCUUCAAGGUGUCACAAUCUCUAUGAAUAGUUCGGUUUCAAAAUUUAAGACGCAGAAAUGCAUAGAAUGGGAAACUAACCAAGAAAAUUUAAGCACUAAUAAAAUCCUCAAUUCACAGAGGCAGUCUCAGAAAUCAGAGCUAACUAAUAGCGUUAAAGUAAUAACUACAGAGCGGGAUAUUUCGUUCCCUGAAAAUCAAGAUAAAGAAAUAAGAGCAAUAGACGAUGCGGAACAACAGCGCGAAUCUCUGGAAACGCUAUGCACAAAGCACCUAAAUACAACAGAUGAGGAAAUAAACGUUGACAGUGAAAAAAAGACUUCCAUAAAAUUACAAGUUUGUAAUCCAGAAACAAAUUAUUCGAAUUCGCCAAUUGAUCAUGUAUCACAAAACAAAAAGAAUGAAAACAACGCGCUGAAAGACGUGGAUAUCAGUAAUGAUAAUAUUGAUGAAUAUAUUGGGAGAAACAAAAUACAUACUUCUACUGAUAACUUUCAAAUUAACACAUUUUACCCAGGAACAAAUGCUCAGAAUAAGCUAGUUAAUGAAUCUCAUAUAGUUUCAGAGAAAAUUAAAGCAAGCACUAUUAUUCUGAACGGUAAAUGUUCGGUUGAAAAUGGAUAUCUUGAUUUAAAAUUCGGAACAGCUUUAAAUCAUCGCACAUCUUAUAUCCAAGAUGAAGAUGCUAAUCUGAGAAACUCUGGCAUAACAACAAAUUUCAUUAAUAGCAAAGCAACUACAGAAAUAUCUGAGAAAAACUUGAGCAAUGUACAUUCCUUUCCUAAUAACUCAAUAAAUCUUAUCUCCGAUAGAAGCACAACUACUGUUAAUGAAGCUAUAGAAUUUCAGGAAAGAGUAAAUAAAUUACAAAAUGAUUUCUUUGUAAAUAGAUAUGAGACAGUAAAUGAUAUAAUUACAAGCUGCAAUGAUGAUUAUGUUCACAAGAGUUUGAAUCAAAGAGACAACUCAAAAUCAGCAGUUUGCAGUACAGUAAAGGUUUUAGCACAGGAAGAAUAUGACUCUGUAAAACUUAAAGAGCUUCGAAUUCAUAAGCCUCAGUUAAUAGGUAUAGUCUGCAACCAAACGGCGAACAAAACCGCAAUUCAUUCAAAUAAAAAAAACAGAGGCCAAACCUCAGAAAUAAGGAUAAGUGUUCUGAAUGAUGUACGUGUUCAGAGUGACAUUCUAGACUUUGGAGAAUGUUCGGCAAAUACUUCUACUAUUGAUUUACAAGAAAAUGAUAUAAAUGAGUGUUACAAUGUAAAACUAGAUGCUCCAGAAGAAGUGAUAGUAGCUGGUUUCCAUGAUUUUUGCCACACGAUGCUUUCUCUAGAAGAAAGCAUCGAAAUGCAAGACACGCGAACUUUGUUAAAAAAUAGCAAACAGUUAGAAACAAGCAUUGAAGUAAAUACAACAAAGACAAGGAAAGAAGUUAUGGGUUCUGCCCAUAGUAUCAAACAACAAUCAGAAAUCACAAACCUAACAAGAUCCGUUACGGAACUACAUGUUUCCGCACAGAACUACAGCACAUCUCAGUAUUGCUCAGAAAUUACCGAAAAUACGUCUAACAAGUUUGAAGAAGAUAAUCAGAACAAUAAACUUCUAGACAAAAUGAAUAUCAAAGAUCCCGAUGUGAUUGAUGCAAUAACAGUAUUAGAUAAAUCACUGAUGGAAGUAUCGGAACAAACUCCAAUUUUAUUUAGAGAAUCAGAAAUGAACACCAACGCUACGAACAUUAAGCAAGAAGCAAGUGAAAUAAACAAUAUUUCAAAAAUUAUCAAAGAAGACAAAAUACAAUGUGAUAAUCUAAUAGAAGAGCUUAUGUUAGAAGACAGUAAGAGAGUGUCAAGAGAUCCUACAAGCCAUCCUUCAUCUCCAGCAGGAAGAAUAGCUGUCACAAUAUCUAACAUGAGUUCCCAAAGGUUCUUUGAUUACGAACUGGAUCAAACCGUGAAACUAGGAAAAAAAGAACUAACUUAUCAACAAAAUGUUGAAAGCCAUAAUGCAAGAAACGAUGUCAUAAAUGAAGUAAAUUAUAGUUCUCUGAAAGUAAAUAAGCUAACUAAGGAAGAAAUUAAAACUUUCAAUAGGACGUCUACAAAUACAAAUGAACUUUCAAAUUUCGAUGCGCCAGAUAAUGAAAUAAAAAGAGUCAGUGAAAUGUCCUCUGCCAAAGAUGAUUCUUUAUCACUCCCUGCAUCAAUUACAUCAGAAGACACGAAUCCGGGUUUCACACUGCAAGUAUCAGAAGAGAAUAAUCCUGCACAUUGCAUACAGGACGUCGUUGCUUGCAACCGAACAAGUCCGUGCUCUGUAGAUUCUGGAACAAGUUCGCAUAAUCAAGGAUAUUUUGUUGUGGUUGCAAUAGAUUUUGGAACUACUUAUUCUGGCUAUGCUUUCAGCUUUACCCGAGAUCCAGACAAUAUUCAUAUGAUGAAGAAGUGGGAUGGAGGAGAUCCUGGAGUUUUUAAUCAAAAAACUCCCACAACUUUGCUCUUGUCACCAGAAGGGACAUUUCACUCCUAUGGUUAUUCAGCACGUGACUAUUAUCAUGAUUUAGAUGAAGAGGAAGCUAAAGGAUGGUUAUAUUUUGAAAAAUUCAAAAUGACUUUGCAUAACAAUGAGCAUUUAAGUCUCGACACCAAAAUCACUGCUGCAAAUGGGAAGAGCAUACCUGCAGUUACAGUAUUUUCUCAUGCUCUUCGAUAUUUCAAGGAUCAUGCUUUACAAGAGCUCAGUGAACAGUCUGCAACUCGAAUUCUCAACGAAGAUGUGAGAUGGGUUGUAACUGUUCCUGCAAUUUGGAAACAACCUGCAAAACAGUUCAUGAGGGCAGCUGCUUAUGAAGCAGGUAUUGCAAGUCCGGAUUUUCCUGAUCAGUUACUCAUUGCUUUAGAACCAGAAGCAGCUUCCAUUUAUUGCAGAAGAAUGAAACUCCAUCAACUGGUUCCGGAAGAAACGCAUUUUCAAAGAUCAUCAUUACAUUGGCAGAAAGAUAGAGAUACAGAAUCAGAAGCUGGCUCUACAAUUAGCGACAAAGAUUUAAAUUUUCCCAGUUUGAACAUGCAAGGAAAUGAAAAGACUUUUACAGUAGGAACCCGUUAUAUGGUGGUCGACUGUGGAGGUGGCACUGUAGAUAUCACAGUUCACGAAUUACUAGAUAAGCAAGGAACUUUGAAGGAACUACAGAAAGCAUCAGGUGGACCGUAUGGUUCAAUUGGAGUAGAUAUGGAAUUUGAAAAGCUACUAUGUGACAUCUUUGGAGAAAAUUUUAUGCAACAAUUUAAAUCUAAGAGGCCAAUUGGUUAUGUUGACCUAAUGAUUGCAUUUGAAGCCAGGAAAAGAAAUGCUAAUCCAUACAAAACUAACUCGCUCAAUAUUUCACUGCCAUACUCUUUCAUAGAAUACUACAAGCAAUACAAAGGUUCUUCGGUAGAAUCAGCAAUAAAAAAAUCUAGUCAUAAGAAUGUUAAAUGGUCACAAGGUAUGUUAAGAUUAGAGCCAUCUGCUAUGGAAGCUUUAUUUCAGAAAACAGUGACAGAAAUUAAAAAGCAUAUAGAAAGUAUAGUUAAUCAAGAAGACAUGAACAUUGACCACAUUUUUCUAGUGGGUGGAUUUGCAGAAUCUUUAAUUCUUCAAAAAGAAAUAAAAGAAGCAUUUUCUUCAAAGUUAAAAGUUGUUAUUCCACAAGGUGUUAGCUUGGCUAUACUUAAAGGUGCAGUUCUAUUUGGACUAGACCCAACAACUGUAAAUAUCAGACGAUUAAGAAUGACUUAUGGAGUUGGAGUGCUUCAUCGUUUCAUUCAUGGAAUUCAUCCACGAGAGAAGCUUGUAAUAAAAGAUGGAAUACAAUGGUGUGCAGAUGUUUUUGACAAAUUUGUGGUAAAUGGGCAAUCUGUUGGUGUUGGUGAUGUAGUGGUCAGAUGUUAUACACCAGCAAAAGAUGGACAGUCUUGUAGUGUAAUACAUAUAUAUUGCAGUGAAAAAGAUAAUAUAUAUUUUAUUACAGAUCCUGGAGUGAAACGUUGUGCCACUCUGAUCUUGGAUCUUUCAGAUAGUAGAUAUAUUCAAGGAAGAGAAAUUCAAACUCGAAUGAUGUUUGGGGACACUGAAAUUAAAGUCAGUGCUUUAGAUGUUACAACAGGUAAAUGUGUCAAAGCAGAUAUAGAUUUUUUGAACUACUAAUGACAAUUUUGUGCACCAAAAAUUCAUGAAAUAAACUGUAAGCAGUUUACAAAAUUAACUGAUGCAUACAGUCACUUAUACAAGAUUUAUUUUGUAUAUUCAAAUAUAUAUGAAUAAAAAUCCUAUCUAUUGAAUAUAAAAAAUUUAUUUAAACAGAUUAAACUCAUAAAAUUAAACAGCUGUUACUAGACAUCUUUAAAGACUGAUGGAGAUAUUGGCUCAAAGAUAAAAAACAGAUUAAAUUUUCAUUUAAAUUAUCCAAGAAUGAGCUUUCAGUAACUAUAUAUUUUCCUCUAAAGCUCUGCAAUUUAAAUUCUACAUUAUCAAAUUUACUAACAGAUAUUUAGUUUUUAAUAACUAAAAUAUAUAACUUUGAAUAUGAAUAGUACAAUAAGGUAUUUAAUUAUUUUAGCUUAUUAAGAAUGUUUAGAAAGUGUUAAUUUAAAAUUAGAAGACAAUAUUUUACAUGCAGUUACAAUCUACAAUCAAAUUUACAUGCAAACAUAUAUAUCUACAUAUGUGUGUGUGUGUACCAUUAGAGCUAGUAAUUUAUGAUGGUAUACUCAACAAAUUAUAAAACAUAAUCCAUUAUCACAUUAUCAUGCAUAACAUCACAUGUACAAAUGCAUAACUAACAAUAUCAAUGCUUUAAAUACAAUAUUAUAUACAAAAUCAUUAAACAAUUAAAAAUGAAUAGCAUAUUAAAAAUGAAUUUAUAAUAACACAAACAUACCAUCAUCUGAAAAAGUUUAUAUAUAUAUAUACACACACACAUAUAAACCACACAUACAUACAUAUAAAAUAUAAUGAAAAAACUGUUUUUUCUAAUUUAAGUACGAUACUGAAACUGGCACACGCUAAUAAUUAAAAAAUUAAAAUAGUAUUUGCUAAGCAAUAAACUACUAUGAAUAAAUAAUCAGUUGAGGAAUGAGAUCAACAGUGUAAUAAAUGCUUUAAAAAUGAAAAAAAAAAAAAAAACUGUAAUAAAUGGUGCAAA